GCAGCACAUUUGGUCGAGAGCUUCGGUAAGGUCAGCUAACUGGCUAGCUCCGGCUAACGCUACAUUUGUUACAAUUAUGACACGACCCAAAUUUCGGCCUUGCCCAAACUGCCAGUGGUUGAACCAGGCAAACCGGAAGACUUGCCAGAGUUGCUACGAUUCCCUUAGUUUAAAAAAAAAAACUUAGAGAGAAAGAACAUUUCUUUAAGGAUGGCCAAUGGGGGCAAGGCAUCCUUAAAAACAGAAAUGCUGCCCGUGUUGUGGACUCUGCUCGUAUAAUGGUUAGGAAACUGGAAGCACUGGGCUACAUGCCCAUAUUAUUUCUUGGAAAGCACGGCAAAACAAACUGCGUAGCUGAAGUCGUAACGUGUAUGAGUCCACAGAAAGAGGGACAUUUGAAGCUCUUCCUGGAAAAAAUGACCAGAGCAUAUGAAUUUAUUCUCAGGAACUAUGAAAAGGUACAGGCUCCUCCAGUCACCAAAACUUUGGAGACAGCAGCAAGCCAGUUCCUAAACCCACCUCCAGGCGAAGAAACCUAUGUGCUCAACCUGGCCCCUGUCCCUUUAACCGCCACCACUGUCAGUUCUCCAGCCUCUACAAGCUACUGUGUUCCUGCUGCAUCUCUCAUUACCCAGACCAAGAGAAAAAGGAAGAAAGUGACACAGGAACAUGAAAACAUGGCUCCUCCAGUCACCAACACUUUGAAGACAUCAGCAGCCAGUCAGCUGCUCCACCAACCUCCAGGCGAAGAAACCUCUGUGCUCAACCUGGUGCCUAUCCCUCCUCCAGUCACCUCCACCUCCCUCUCUUCUCCUCCACUUCCCACCACCUCUAUUUCUCCUCCUCCACUCCCCAACACCUCUCUCUCUCCUCCUCCACUCCCCUCCACCUCUGUCAGUUCUCCAGCUGCACCUCUCAUUACCCAGCCCAAGAGGAAGAAAGUGAAACAGAAACAAGAAAACAGGGACUGUGAAAAGGUACAAGCUCCUCCAGUCACCAACACUUUGAAGACAGCAGCAGCCAACCAGCUUCUCCACCCACCUCCAGGCGAAGAAACCCAUGUGCUCAACCUGGUCCCUAUCCCUCCUUUAGUCACCUCCACCUCUUUCUCUCCUCAUCUACUCCCCACCACCUCUCUUUCUCUUCCACUCUCCACCACUUCUGUCAGUUCUCCAGCUCCUUCAAGCAACUAUGUUCCUGCUGCACCUCUCACUACCCUGCCUAAGAGAAAGAGGAUGAGACAGACAGGGAAACAAGAAAACAAGGUGUGCAGAAAAUGUAGCAGGCAGAAACUUUUCCACUUUGAGCAAAUACUUGAGAGAAGAAUGAAUGAGGGAAAAGCGGAAGUGAAAGUGCGUUGGCUGCCUUGCUCUGCUUGUGGGAAAGACUGGGAUGACACGUGGGAGCCUGCCAGUGCCUUUCCAUUUCUGGGAUGUGACGAUUAUGCUAGUGACAGUGAUCAGAGGACAUGUCAAGAAGAAAUCCAAUGUUGACAGACAGCAUGUAGUGGGGAAUACAGCAUCUCUACAGUUACGCAGGAUCUGUAAUGUUCACCACACCAUUUGAGGACUGUGAUUGCUGUGAGAUGUCUUCAUCAUGAGGUGGAGGUGAUCCUUUGUCUCCAGUACGUUCCAGCAGGACUGGAGCAGCAGUAGCACUGGAGGCCCCUGAUGCCUCCUAGCUGUUCAAUCAACCUUAUCUGAGAAUGUCUGUCAGGAACUACUCUCCAUGGUGCAACAAGAGGCAAUAUGAACUUCAUUUUUUAUUUUGACCUCAUGGACCAGAGACAUUUCAGAUGAUUAUUACUGAGCAAAGAUAAACAGAUAUUUGUUACGCUGGGUUUUGACUUCAUAAUGUUUUGUGUUUUUCACCGAGUAUUGUUAACUGGGUUGUAAAAACAUCAGUGUGACUGUCUCUGAGAUGCUACACAUUCAGAACGUACUGUAGACCUGGUUGGUUGGUGCUGCAUUUUGUGGGACACUGUAUGUUGUUUUUAAACAGAUCGGAAGAAUCAAAUAUAUCUUGUAUCUAGCUUCUGUAGCCUUUCAAUAAAAGGCCAUAAACCAUUUCACAUUCAUUCUCGUGAAGUACUACACUUCAUUUCUGUUUUUAUAUUGUUGCAUUUAUUUAAGUUACU